AUGACACUCCUUCAAACACUCCUCCGCGCAACUGCUUUCAAGAAUCCCCUCUUACGCACACUUGUACCUUCUGUUGCGCUCGCAUACGGUAUCCAGACCGCUGUUGCCGUUCCCUCUAUCGCAGCACAGACAGAACGCUACUAUGAUUUGAGCGGCAGCUUAACCUACCUCUCCUGCACUGCGCUGUCCCUAUUCCUGCCCUACCUGCGCGCACAAAGCGCGGGCGCAGUCACCGGCGGUCUCGCAGAGUAUCUAAGCAGUAGAGGAUUGGGCCAGGGCACGUGGUGGUGGAGACAGGCGCUGUUGAGCGCGGCCGUGGGAAUAUGGGCGACGCGAUUGGGAUCUUACCUCUACCAACGCAUCUCCUCCGACUCUGGCCGCGACUCCCGCUUCGACAAGAUCCGCAUCUCGCCCCCAAAAUUCUACAUCGCCUUCUUCGCCCAGGCCACCUGGGUCACCCUCUGCACUCUACCCAUCAUCCUCGUAAACUCGCUGCCCCGCUCCGCCUACGCAGUUCCCCUCGUUGCAGGCAGUCAAGCGGCCAUUGCCGCAAAACCCUACCUCACCGAUCUACUCGGCCUCGCCCUUUUCGCCUUCGGCCUCACCUUCGAGGUCGUCGCGGACCGCCAAAAGGCGCAGUGGGUGGCAGACAAGAAGGCAAAGAGGCACAGCGAAGAGUUCUUGACACACGGGCUGUGGGCCAAGUCGCGGCAUCCGAAUUACUUUGGCGAGGUGACGCUGUGGACGGGGAUUGCGCUUGCGGCAGCGGGGCUGUUGGUGAGACAGCCUGCGCAGGCGGCGUUGGGGUUGAGUGGCGGGCUGAGUGGGAGAGUGUUGGUGGCGGGUAUGUGUGCGGCCAGUCCUGCGUUUGUUACUUUCUUGCUGCUGAAGGUGAGCGGCGUGCCUUUGAGUGAGGAGAAGUAUGACAAGCGGUAUGGGGACAGGAAGGACUAUAAGAAAUGGAAGGAUGAGACGCCCAUGUUUAUCCCCAAGUUUUAG